UAAACUACGCAUUAAGCUUGAACGAAUCGUGUUUAAUUUAAGUACCAGUCGCUUCAGCGAAGCAUUAAACAAAGUUGCAAUAUUUCGGAGCUCCAGCAGUUGCUUUAGCCCGAAACAUUUAGUUCAUUUAGUUAUAGCCCAAAUCGAGUGCAGCGGCGGAGAAGCAGCGCCAAACGAAAAGUAAAACGCAUUUUCCUACGCAUACAUUAACAGAAAAAGCGAAUACACACACACAGCCACAAACAGAAGGGCCAAAAUAACUCGGACGAUUAAAAAGAAAAAAAGUUUAACUUAAAACCGAGUUAAUAAGCAAUAUAAUCAAGUUAUCUUGGGUGUUGACGUGUUGAACACACAUACCGAUAAAUAAACAAAAUGUCUACGACACCAAAAUCAAGCGAAGAUUUGCUGGGUGAAUCUUGGAUUGAACUGAGCACAACAGCUGCGAUGGCUGGCAUCAAGAGCCCCGACAGAAUCACUCCGUUGCCAUUCAACAAUGGCGAGGAGUACCUGAGACUUCUGCGCGAGGCCCAGCGCGAAUCGAACCAGUCGAGCCGAGUCGUCUCCUUGGCCAGCUCCCGUCGUGAUACGCCCCGUGAUAGCCCCAAGAGUCCACCGAACAGUCCCCAGUCGGAACUCUGUCCGGACGAUGAGCUCAGAAACGUCUACAUCAACUAUUGGACCAAGGGUGGAGAUAAACAGAAUGCAGACAAUGGAGAUUGGUUGAAGAACUGGAAUCGCAACGCCGAGGAGCAGCCACCCAAAAGCUGGAAUUUCGAGGCUGUCAGUGGUGAUGCCGGCGACGAGGACGAGAAAAAGAAGACUAACACAGGCUACUCCAUCCGCUUGAAGCGUUUGGGCUCCAACUCGUUGUUCUCCCGCGAAAUUCUAUACUCGCUGCUGGUGACCAACGUCCUGUCCUUGCUGCUGGGUGCCGGCUUCGGAUUGUGGUUGAGCAAGCGUGGCAUACUCCUCACCCGUGUGGUCAUUGACUGAAAGAUGCCAUAAACAAAAAGAGAAACAGAAACAGAAAAUAUAUAAACGUUUUCAAUCUAUCAAUAUGCACAUCAACCGAAAACAGAACACGAAGCGUUCCAUUUAAGAAAUCGAAGUAUACACAUAUAUACAGCCAACCGUAUUCCAACUCAUUUGUAUUUUUAUCGGAAGUCCAUAUUUUCGACACCUUCUCAUUCAGUACAUAACUAUAAAUAUGUAAUUUUUAAGCCAGCAAACUAAAAGAAAUGCCUUUGGGCGAGGGUUGAACAGUUUUUAAAUACCUAUUUUAUAUCAUUUUAUAUAUUUAACACGAUAUAUCAAGGCAGCAAAUCUAAUGAUACAGAGGAGCAUUUAUAGAGAACGAUGCUCUAUAUUUUUGCUAUAGCCGUAUGUCUUAGCACCCAAUCGUACAUUAUAUUCAAUACAAAUGUACGCCAAACUCCAUUCGAAGAAUUUCAAUUUCAUCAUACAACAUUUUCAUAUAGAACAUCCAUAUACAUUUGUAGGCAUAUUGUAGUUGAAUCAUAUUGUAUCCAGAUCGUACUUUUUGUUGAACAAUCGUCAAAUGUUUUGAUUUUCUAAGCAUAUAGAAAAACGAUAAAAAAAGAAGCAAACCCAUAUAUGGCAAAACAUACAUAAGUAUAUAUAUUAAUAUGUGAGGGAGGGGUUAGCCCCCACAAAAAAAAACACACAGAAUAGUUGUAACGAUUUUUUAUAUUAAAAUAUUUUUCAAUAUCUAUUUAAAAGAAAA